GAUAUAAACAUCAAUAUCGAAUAUAUUCAAGAAAAUGUUCUGAACAAUCCAAAAUGUUAGUAAUCCCCGAGUACAAAUUAGAAAAUCCAGGAAACAUUCUGGCAAUCGAAAUUGUCGGAACAGGAUGUCGCUCUUAAAAUUUGAUGAAAUGGAGCAGCUUACAGAGCUGGAUAUUGAAGAACUUUUCAAAAGUGAGAUAAUCCCUGAACCUCCUAAGUUUGUUUUUAAGAAGAUAUCACAACCUCCUGUACCCUUCAUAGUGUACCAUCAAGAAGAGUCAAUCAAGCGGUCACUUUCUACAGAGGAGCUGAUACAGCCAACAACAAAGAGAUUUCUUACAAAUGAGGAAAUUAUGAGUACCAAAUAUUUUGUACAGGGGGCUGAUACUGUUAAUGUUAGAGAAAGAGAAUUUCAUCGCUUCUUGAACUAUAUAAAAGAACUCGGAAUAUCUCAGAACCUGGACAAGAUUGAACUAUAUAAAUUAUUGCAGUACCUGGGAAGCUUCAUUCUUGAGAGAACUAAGGAUCGGAUGGGAGAAUAAUGGAUACUACAACAUUGCAUGCCAUUGGUAAGACCAAUGGGAACCAGGGCAACCAAGGAAACAAGGGCAAUCAGAGGGACCAGAGAAACCAGGGGAACCAGAGGAACCAUGGUAACCAGGGGAACCAGGGGAAUCAGAGGAACCAAGGAAACCAGGGGAACAGAGGGAACCAGGGGAACCAGGAGAACCAGGGAAACCAGGGCAAUCAGAGGGAUCAGGGGAACCAGGGUAACCUGAGGAACCAUAGCUAACAAGAAGAACCAGGAGAACCAGGGAAACCAGGGCAUCCAGGGG